AUGGGCGGCGCCACGGAGGAUUGCUCCUCCGGCUCCGAGACCACCACGUCGUGCUCCGCGGAGGUCCAGGCCUCGCCGCCGUCCACCACCGCGUCGUCGUCCAACUCCAAGACGAAUAAGCGGGCGCGCAACGACGGUCGUCACCCGACGUACCGCGGGGUGCGCAUGCGGAGCUGGGGCAAGUGGGUGUCGGAGAUCCGGGAGCCCCGCAAGAAGUCCCGCAUCUGGCUGGGCACCUUCGCCACCGCGGAGAUGGCGGCGCGCGCGCACGACGUGGCCGCGCUGGCCAUCAAGGGCCGCGCCGCGCACCUCAACUUCCCGGACCUCGCCCACGAGCUGCCGCGGCCCGCCACCGCCGCCCCCAAGGACGUCCAGGCGGCCGCUGCGCUCGCCGCGUCCGCCGACUUCCCGGCCUCCGCCAAUGCCGGCGCCGCAGCCGUCAAGAGCCCCGACGGCCCGGAACCGGAAGCCAGCGCGGCCGACUCCGCCUCGCCGCCGCCGCCGGAGCCGGACGCCGGCGACGACGCGCUGUUCGACCUCCCCGACCUGCUCUUCGACCUCCGACAGUGCCCUCCGUCCUGCCAGCUAUCAUGCGCUUCUUCGUGGGAGGAAGACGACGUAGCUUUCGCCGGCACCGCCGCCGGCGCGAGCGUGUUCCGCCUCGAGGAGCCGCUGCAGUGGGAAUACUAA